AAAAAAAAAAAAGCCAGGAGGAUUUUGCAUAUGGCAAGACAAGCGAUUGAGAGAGAGAUAUUUUAAUAUAUAUUACACCGGAUUGUUUUUUUUUUUACAUGACGCUUGAUUGAAAAAAAAUAUCGGCAUACCGGUUUAUAUGGAAAAAACAACAAAGCGGAUCCGAAAUCGAUGAUCCAUCUGGAACCGGAUUCCAGGUCCACCAUGACAGACAGCAUCAUGAGCAAAGCUGCUACAAUGGAAAUCCCCAUUAACAGCAAUGGAGACACAAGGACAUCAGAAGAGGACAGUUUGGAGCAGAUUCACUGGAGCUUAGAGAGGAAGGACCUGCAGCAGGUGAUGGUGUCUGGGCCGAACCUGAACGAGACCAGUAUUGUGUCUGGGGGAUAUGGAGGAUCAGCCGAGGGAAUCAUCCCCACUGGUUCCAUCAAAGGCCCAUCUAUACUUUACAACGAGGGGUAUUUUGAAAGGCGAUGUGGAAACGGCCCCAAACCAGACCUUCGCUCCAAACCUAGGGAUUUUCCACCCAGUCAUUCAACAGCUGCUCGGAUAUCAUGUCAGCCAGAACAUUACUCAGCUCCCAGCAUGCACCACAGUCACAGUAAUCCAAGCAUGAUGUCAGAGGAGGCCACACGUGGGAUUGCAGUCGAAAAAUUUGACAGUGUGAAAAAAUGGAGCAUUAAUACAUAUAAGUGCACGAAGCAGAUGUUCUCGGAGCGCUUUGGGCGUGGCUCACGGACCGUGGACCUGGAGCUCGAGGCUCAGAUCGACAUGCUGCGUGAAACCAAGCAGAAAUACGAGCACAUUCUGAGACUGGCGCAGGCUCUCACCACUCACUUCUACAACGUCGUGCAGACUCAGCAGGCCCUCGGAGACACGUUCGCUGAUCUGAGCCAGAAAUCUCCAGAACUCCAGGACGAGUUCGGCUUCAACGCAGAGACUCAGAAGCUGCUGUGUAAGAACGGAGAGACGCUACUGGGCGCAGUUAAUUUCUUCGUGUCGAGCAUCAACACGCUGGUCAACAAAACCAUUGAGGAUACGCUGAUGACCAUCAAGAUGUACGAGAACGCAAGGUUGGAGUAUGAUGCCUAUAGGACAGACCUGGAGGAGCUGAGCGCUGGCCCGCGUGAUGCCGCUGCUAUGGUGCGGAUCGAAUUCGCGCAGCAGGAGUACCAGAUCCACAGAGAAAAGUAUGAGCGUCUACGGAGCGACGUUACCAUCAAACUCAAAUUCCUGGAGGAGAAUAAGGUAAAAGUGAUGCACAAGCAGCUCCUUCUCUUCCACAACGCCAUCUCAGCCUACUUCGCCGGCAACCAGCAGCAGCUCGAACAGACUUUCAGGCAAUUCAGCGUGAAUUUGAAGCGGCCCGGCUCGGACAGACCGUCCUGGCUGGAGGAACAGUAAUAAAACCAUAAGACAUGUUUACCCUCAGCCUCGGGAGACUCGGACGGGCUGGAGGAUGGAAAGAUUCAUAGACGUGCGGGCAGAUUUCGUGUGUGUUCAUUAUGACGAACGAGAAAGGAUCGAAGCCUCCCAUGCCUUUGUCUUUGUAUUGAAUUUAUUUUGUCAUGCGACGUAAAAGUGGAAUAUAAUAGCAUUUUUGUUUUUGUAGACAGAAUGGCUGACUUCCCAGGACGCUUAUUAACGAAUUACUUUUAUUGUGGAAUGGGCCGUAUUCUGAGUUGUGGUCUCAGGAAUGAUAAAUUAGUACCGACAUCCUGCACAUCUGCAUUCAGCGACACGGCAGACGUUAUGCGCUGUUCAGAAAAGGCUAUGCAUAAUAUGAAUGAAAAAGCCUGCAUUAUAUUGGCUCCAGCAAAAACCUGUAUUAAAUCUGGCAACUUCUAAUAUGUUACAAUGAAAUUGAACCUUAUUUUAAGUUUUGGAAUCAAAUUAGAUCCUGAAAAAAGGUGGAAUGUCAUCUGAGGUUGAUUUUUUAAACAGACGAAUAGAACUAUCAAAUAAUUAGGCAUAUCAUCCAAAAAAUACAUUUAUGUUCAUGCUCUUAUCCAGAGGGACUUACAAUUUUUUUUUUUAUACAACUGAGCAGUUGAGGGUUAAGGGCCUUACUCAAGGGCCCAGUAUUAGCAGCUUAGUGGUGCUGGGAUUUAAACUCACAACCUUCUGAUUCAGAAAUCCAACAUUUUACCACCGAGCUACAACUUUCCCCCCCCUACGUAAAUAAAUCAGGUGAUGUGCAGAUGUGCAGGAUCAAGUGCUAUUUUAAGUGUCUGAAUAAUUGCGAAUGAAAUAUAUUAUUAAAUUAAA